UUAAGCUCUCCUCUUGUUACUCUUAUUCCUGGCACUUGGGUUUUUUUCUUUAGAGAGACUUGUUGUGGGAUCCGAGGGUUUGCCGUGUGGGACUUCUUGGGUGAUGUUUUGUGUGUCUGUUGAAUAUAUUGCAAAAUCUUCGCUGGGACUGAAGGGUUCGCUUGGCCCCAUGUUUGUGGUGCAGUUCACAGGGCUAAACCAGCUGCCCUCUGACCUUGGUAGCAGUUACCCCCUGCCACCCAACAGCAGGGCAGGAUUUGCUGAAAAUGGAGAGAAGAGAAGCCAGAAGCAGAAGAGAAUUAAUCUGCUGCCAGACAACAUCCAAACUCUGAAUCUUGACUCUUCUCCGAUGGACUUGGGCAUGUCUGACCCAACAGCCUGGACCACCGCAAUGAAUAAUUUAGGGAUGGCUCCAAUGGGAAUGACAGCAGAUCCCCCUUUACCUAACUUCGACCCGGCCCUUGGAAUGAUGACGGGUAUCCCGCCGAUUAAUCCACUGAUGCCUGGCUUGGGAAUCGUGCCACCGCCCAUACUGUCCGAUAUGCCGAUGGCCAAGGAGAUUGUUCACUGCAAAAGCUGCACGCUCUUUCCACCUAACCCUAAUCUUCCUCCUCCCACGACAAGGGAGAGGCCUCCUGGGUGCAAGACGGUGUUUGUUGGAGGGCUGCCAGAAAAUGCGACGGAAGAGACCAUCGUGGAGAUUUUUGAGAAGUGCGGAGAGAUCAUAGCUCUUCGGAAGAGUAAAAAACACUUCUGCCAUAUCCGUUUUGCUGAGGAAUAUAUGGUGGAUAAAGCAGUUUAUCUGUCAGGUUAUCGCAUCCGGCUGGGUUCCAGCACCGACAAAAAGGAUAAGGGACGCCUCCAUGUGGAUUUUGCUGAAGCCCGGGACGAUCUGUACGAGUGGGAAUGCAAGCAGCGGAUGCUGGCCAGAGAAGAGCGCCAUCGCAAGAGGAAGACGGAAGAGCGGUUCCUCCCGCCCUCCCCACCUCCCGUGGUGAACUAUUCAGAUUAUGAGUGCAGCCUGGUGGUUGAGAAGCUAAAAGUGGAUGCCAAGUUUUUGGAAGCCGUUCAGACGUUGCUGGCUUGGUUGGAGAGGGGGGAAGUGAAUCGGCGGACGGCCAACAGCUUCUACACCAUGGUCCAAUCGGUCAACAGCCACAUUCGCCGGCUGAUGAAUGAAAAAGCGGCCCACGAUAAGGAAAUGGAGGAAGCUAAGGAGAAAUUCAAACUGGCUCUGUCUGGGAUUCUUGCUCAGUUCGAGCAGAUCGUGGCCGUGUACCAUUCUGCCUGCAAACAAAAGGCCUGGGACCAUUUCACGAAAGCGCAGCGUAAGAACAUCAGCGUGUGGUGCAAGCAAGCUGAGGAACUCCGUAACCUUCAGAACGAUGAACUGAUGGACAUUCGCAGAGAGGAGGCCAUGGACAUGUCUGAUGAUGAAACGGAGUCACCUGAGAUCAAAGAAACGGAAGAGUCAGUUUUAGUUUCACAAACAGAAGCGCUGAAGGAAGAAAACAACAGCUUACGGUGCCAGCUGGACGCCUACCGAAACGAAGUCGAGCUCUUGAAGCAGGAGCAGGGCAGAGCGGGACGAGAAGAUGACCUCAGCCAGGAUCAGCAGCAGCUGAAAAUCCUCCAGCAGACUUUACAAGGAAUGCAGCAGCAUCUUCAGAAACUGCAGGAGGACUGUGAGAGAAGAGAGGCUGAAUUGGAAAAAGCGAAAGAAGAAAAAUUACAGCUUGACAAAUUGCUUGAGAGACUGAAGGAAAAGCAAGAACUGGCAGCUGGAUCUGACAGAGAGAAAGACUCAACGGAAGCUAAAGAUCAAGUCGACAGUGACUUGUCAAGCAUUUGCUCAAAGAGUCCAGAGAAGGAAAGACUGCUUGAGAAAGGACUUCACUGCAACCCUUUAAGAUUGGAAAGGGAAGCUUUACUAGUGGGGAUCAUCUCAACAUUUCUGCACGUUCAUCCUUUUGGGGCCAGCAUUGAAUACAUCUGUUCCUACCUCCAGCGCCUAGACAGUAAGAUUUGCGCCACUGAAGUGGAAAACCUCAUGACACGACUCCAGCAUACUUUCAAACAAGAGAUGAAUGGGGUUGGAGCCAGUCUAGAGAAGAGAUGGAAAUUUUGUGGUUUUGAAGGAUUGAAGACUAUCACCUGAACCUGAAGCCAGGAAUCCUUUGAACUCUUAACAGAAUGUGCAAUAUUUGCAGUACGCAUAGAUACGAGUUUCCUUUUGGGAAAGCCAGUCCUUGAACUGCAUCAAGAAAAUUGGGGGCCAGUUUUUAAGGACUGUAAGGUUGUGGUUCUUAUUUUUUUUGUUUUGUUCAUUACGCUAACGAGCCUUUUUUCAAAGGACUAUCAUGCACAAUUUUGGGUUGAUACCGACCCUGUCUUUUGGAUCUUUGAUACUUUUUACAACUCCCAUUGGCUAAAAACAUUUUAAUAGUUUCUUUGAACAUGACAGACUCAGGCCUCUGUUUAAUGUUUUUACCAUUGAGAGCAGCUAAAAGAAAAUCAAUACAAUAAAAUAAAAUAUUCAAUGGCA